UGCCACUUUCUCCCCUUUCAACCUGCCGGACCCGGUGGGCUUUGGAUGACCUACCGAGAAGAAACCCACUUCCGCAGGAGCAGGAUGGUUUUCUGCUUCACUGGAACAGAGGAGGGCAAUAUCUCCCAAGAGACUCAAAAGCCUUGAAGGUAGUUGCUGCCAGGGCAGGCCAGAACUGGCAGAUAGCUGAUAUGAGGACUUUGCUGACUUCAGAAAGCUGACAGACACCAACAGACUUCAGUGAAAUAUCCCUCCAGGCACAGAGACUUUUGGUAGCUGUAAAGUAACCUGUUAUUCAUCUGCAAAGACAUGGCUACUGAUUCUUUCAGCACACAUGGAGGAAGGCAACAAACUUUGUAACCCAGGCUAAUAAGACUGUGUUUUCCUUUUCAAAAGUAGGAGGUAGGCCAAUUAGAAAAGGAUUGUUUUAUGCUUAGCCUCCAGGACUUUAACUCUGGCCUGAACACUGGACAUAAAUAGAAGCCAAUUUAAUGACCUGAGAUUUUGUUACCUGUGCUUUAUUAUUGUAAUCAGUUGUUAAACAAUUUGGUACUUUAUUUCUUUAAAUUAGAAAUGGGUUCGUGGACUAAAAUGUGGCCCACAGAUUGGGCUCUUCUCAUGAAAUCAUGGCUUAUCUUUUCCCUGGGGCUCUACAUACAGGUCUCCAAAAUUUUGGCCUGCCCAAAAGUGUGCCGCUGUGACCGAAACUUUGUCUACUGUAAUGAGCGAAGCUUGACCUCAGUGCCUCUUGGGAUACCAGAGGGUGUAACCGUCCUCUACCUCCAUAAUAACCAAAUUAAUAAUGCUGGAUUUCCUGCAGAGUUGCACAAUGUCCAGUCUGUGCACACAGUCUACCUGUAUGGCAACCAAUUGGAUGAAUUCCCCAUGAACCUGCCCAAGAAUGUCAGGGUUCUCCACCUGCAGGAAAACAACAUUCAGACCAUUUCACGUGCUGCUCUUGCUCAGCUUUUGAAGCUGGAAGAACUGCACCUGGAUGACAACUCCAUCUCCACUGUUGGCGUUGAGGAUGGGGCGUUCCAGGAAGCCAUCAGCCUCAAGCUUCUGUUCUUGUCCAAGAAUCACUUAAGCAGUGUGCCAGUAGGCCUUCCGCUGGACUUACAAGAACUUCGAGUAGAUGAAAACCGAAUUGCUGUCAUUUCAGACCUGGCCUUCCAGAAUCUUACAAGUCUGGAGCGCCUGAUCGUGGAUGGCAAUCUCCUUACUAAUAAAGGCAUAGCUGAAGGCACCUUUAGCCACCUCUCCAAGCUCAAGGAAUUCUCAAUAGUUCGGAAUUCACUGACUUACCCUCCUCCUGAUCUUCCAGGUACACAUCUGCUAAGACUUUAUUUGCAGGACAACCAGAUAACCCAUAUACCACUUACAGCCUUUUCAAACCUCCACAAACUGGAACGUCUUGAUAUUUCCAACAAUCAACUUCGGAUGUUGGCAAAGGGAGUAUUUGAUAAUCUCCAUAAUCUGAGACAACUCACUGUAAGGAAUAAUCCUUGGUUAUGUGACUGCAGCAUUAAGUGGGUCACUGAAUGGCUCAAAUUUAUUCCUGCUUCCAUCAAUGUACGGGGUUUUAUGUGCCAGGGACCAGAGCAGGUCCGAGGUAUGGCAGUCAGGGAGCUCAACAUGAAUAUGUUGUCAUGCCCCACCACCACCCCUGGUCUGCCACUAAUCAUCACCCCCGUCCCAGCUACAACCAUGCCAACUACAUUAGUUCCCAGCUCAUCAUUUCCCCCCUCAAGUAAUAAAUAUAAUCCUCUCACUCCCAUCAUAGCCACACUCCCCACUGUGCCUGUCAGAGAGGACAGAGAAAGGGUGACACCUCCUUUGUCUGAAUGGAUUCAGCUCUCCAUCCAUUUUGUCAAUGACACUUGCAUCCAAGUCAACUGGAUGUCACUUUUUAGCGUGAUGGCAUAUAAACUCACAUGGGUUAAAAUGGGCCAUAGUCUGGUGGGAGGAAUUGUUCAUGAACGAAUAAUCAGUGGCGAGAAGCAGCAAUCAAGCUUGGUAAAUCUGGAGCCCAAAUCCACUUAUCGGAUUUGUUUGGUUCCACUGGAUACUUAUAACAAUUACCAAACUGGAGAAGACACUGUCUGUUCAGAAGCCACAACCAAGGCUUCCUUUUUGAAUGGCAGCAACAUCCCUUCCAGCCAUGAGCAGACAACUUCUCAGAACCUAGGCUCCCCAUUUCUGCUGGCAGGGUUGAUUGGGGGUGCAGUGAUAUUUGUCCUUGUGGUCUUGCUCAGCAUUUUUUGCUGGCAUAUGCACAAAAAAGGUCGUUACACCUCCCAGAAGUGGAAAUACAACCGCGGCCGUCGGAAAGAUGACUACUGUGAGGCAGGGACCAAGAAGGACAACUCCAUCCUGGAGAUGACGGAAACCAGCUUCCAGAUUGUCUCCUUAAAUAAUGAUCAGCUCCUUAAAGGAGAUUUCAGACUGCAGCCCAUUUAUACCCCAAACGGGGGCAUUAACUACACAGACUGCCACAUCCCCAACAACAUGCGAUACUGCAACAGCAAUGUCUCAGACCUGGAGCACUGUCAUACGUGAUAGUGAGGGAAGAUGGGGGUUUCCAGGACAAGGAGAAAAAACUCUAGAAAAAAUAAGCCCCCCAACAACAAUGAAAAAAAUUACAUUUGAUAAAUGUUAAACAGAUGCAUUUAUGCAUUUGAAUACUCUGUAAUUUAUACGGUGUACUAUAUAAUGGGAUUUAAAAAAAGUGCUAUCUUUUCUAUUUCAAGUUAAUUGCAAAUGGUUUUGUAACUCUUUGCUUUUUAAAUCUUUAAAAAAUAUUGCUGAGUACUGUACAGGGUUGUACAAUAAGAACCCAAUGUCAUGGCAAAGGAAAGAAUGACUCAUUCUUCAAACAUUAACCACUUUGCUGUCGAAGCUGUCUGAGGGAUGUUAAGUUUCUACGUGUCCUGGAAUACAGGAAAAUAAGUGCAUAUUAAAACAGGGUCACUAGGAACAGACAAAAGCAACAAAAGCAAUUCAGAUAAAAUGGGUACAACCCUUGUCACUUGAACCCAGCAACUGCUGUUGAGCUUCAAACAAUUGGAAAUACAUCCAUUCCUAUUUGUCAGUUCUGCAUUUCUCACCUCCAACUGAAAGCUGGAGUUCUGAGUGCUGCCAAAAAUGCUACUUUCUUGUUUGAUCAGUUUUCUCUCAAUCUACUUGGAACAGGAAACAUAGAAGGAGCUCAGUGUCAAACUCAAAGUGACCUUGAUUUCUAUUUGCAAAAGUUGCUCUGAAAAUGUCCCCCAAUACUAGAUACUUUAUCUUAGAAACUGUUCCUGCUUUUCCUUAUAAUUAAGAAGCUUUGGGCAUUCUCUGACCAUUCUAUCUUCUCAGUGGGAGGUGAACGUUAUGUAACAGAAUGUGACAGAGAGCUGUCAUUAAGUUGCACCUCUUUUUAAUAGAGAAGCAUUUGUUGACACAGCGUGUUCUGGUAAAACCAGAAUGAGGGAAAUUCUGAGUGCUCCCAGCUCUGCAGUAUUCAAGUACAAUUUCAAAUCUAAAAGUGUGUAUUGCUGAAAACAUGGUGCAACAUAUAAUGACAAUGGAAAGGUUUUACUAUUAGUUUGUAUGGUUCAAGCUUUGUUUGACUUAAGGGUCUGAGUUAUGUUCAGCAUGGAGAAAUAGGGAAAAAAAAGAAAAAAAGAGAAAACAAACAAGAAACAUAUUAUAAAAAUUUAUUUAGUCCUGGAAAGAUCUCCAGGGCUAUUAUGAACUGAAAUAUUUUCAGUGGUGAACAUCAUGUACAGAUUCUGGUGGGUUUUGUUUGUUUGUUUUGCUUUUUUUCCUCCCCAAUUAAAGCAUACAGAGACUAACAUUAGUUAAGCAUUUGAUUGACUGAGAAAUUUUGAGAACACAAGUACAUUGUGUUCCCCUGAAUUACCCUUCUUUUACCUAAAGCAUUUUCAAGUUUUCCAUAAUGAUUUCUGCUUCACAAGCAGUAGGUGGGUUUAGAAUUUGCUUUUUUAUACCCUCAGAAUCUUUAGCUGCAAUACCUUCUCAGUCCUUGAGCUUUACAUGCACGACACAAAACAUCAUGCUUGCAUUAAAACCAUAAUGCAUCUCUCAAAAUUACAUAAUGGUUCAGCCAGCCUGAACUCAAUGACUGUCAAGAAUGGUGGUAUUCUUGCCAGCUCAGUGGUGGAGUCUAAUUCUUUGGGUUUUUUUCAGUUUGCUUUUUAAUGUAGCUAAUUUUCUCCUGAGCUUGGGGACAAACUAAAGUUCACAUCACAUUGGAAAAAAAAAAAACCAACAGAAAAAAAUAGAGACGAAACUUCCCUGAGGUAGUAGGGAACUGAAGGGAGAACAUUUUACAGUGACCACUUAGGGAUAGACAGGAAGUUGCUGCAUGUGAAGUAAAGGCCGAAGCACUUUCAUGUUGGAAUGCUUAGACUUUUCACUUUAUGAAGCUCCUUAUGCUGCAAGAGAGUGUUUUAGUCCUUUCUUUUGCUCAUUUCACUCAGCCCAUUCUUGAAACUCAGCAGUCUAUAAGCAUGUAUUCCUUCAAUUCAGAUCACAUGAUAACACUCAUUUUCUGCAAUGACAAAAUGAACCCAGUUAUGAUUGAUGGCAAAGUACAACCAUUUUAUAAGGAAACACAUCCUCCCACCAACAUCUUUUAAAAUCACGUUUUUAAAUUCCGCUCUAUAUCCUACAUAUGUGCUAUUUUCUUCAGCUAUAGCAGGUAUUCUAAGCAACCUGUUUGACUACUAGAAUAGUUAAGUCUCUAAAAUUUUGCUGAUUAAAAGUUUAUCAUAUGAUUUCAAAUGGCAUAAUUCUAGGUAGAAAUGUCUAUGCCAAAGUGAGGGUUUUUUUCUGUGAUCUAUUUACUGAAGAUGAUGAUGAGAUCAAUACUUUUGGGCUUUGGCUUUUAGUUUUGAUGGGUUUUUGUUGCUUUUUUUUGUUUGUUUUGUUUUGCUUAACAUAGUGUAGGUGUCACAGCUCAAAAGACAAUCAGCAAAUAGUUGUGCUUCUGCAUGCUUCUAUUGCAUGCUGGAGUUUUCUUGAAGUUAAGCAGAGCCAGAGAUUCCCAUUGGGUGUGGACAUAGUAUUUAAUUUCAAUGAAAUAGCUGGUUGUACGUUUAAUUUCAAAAGGCCUCCUUUGAAACUACAUGCUUACUAGUAUUUUUUACUUCAAUGACUGAUGCAGGAGGAAUCUUCUGUUCUAGACCUCAGUAUACCAUAGGCACCUUAUUUGUAGCAAUUGACUUAUUCAGGGAGUUUGGCCUGUACUACAGGUGAGUGAUCCACAAGCCCAACCUGAUGACAACAAAUCUGAUUGCUUAUCUAAUAGGGUCAAAACAGAAGGCAUUCACAAACUGUUCAUUUUGAUCUUGAAUGGUGAAAUAUACAUAUACAUAUAUAUAUAUAUAUAUAUAUAUAUAUAUAUAUAUAUAAUAUGUAGACUAUUACUCGCUUACCUAAAAACCACAAUGAUAUUAAAGAUGGCAUAGUUUAUGUUUGUUUUCAGUAUGAACAAAAAUAUAUCUAUUUUUAUGGGAUACUGUCAAAAGUUUCUUUACUAUAAAGACUCUUCUGAAAAAAAACACAGCAAGUCCCUCAUACAAAAAUUUGUGGAUAGAGCUGGGAAUAUUACCUAAAAAAUUCAGAGGUGUAGUCAACUGAAUAUGUUUCAUUUGAAGAAUGUUUCUCCAAAUUCUAAUUGUUCCUUAGCUCCAAAACAGUUAAUGUAUUUCAACCUACAACAGAAUUUGGGACUUCUCAAAGUGCCAGUCACACAAACAUCUGAGAUUUCAUUUCAGGUCCCACCUAGAUAAAUACAUAAUGAGCAAAUUUCACUAGGUAAAGUAUUAAGAAAAAGUCGGUGUUAAAAAUGGACAAUGAUCUUUUGACAGUGUAAAGUUUAAGAUUAGUAGCUUUUUCCUUGGGCUUUGUAAAAACUGGGUGAUCUUCACAUAGGACAAAUAUCUGACCACAUAUAAUAAGUAAAGGCUAUAGAGCAGAAAUGCCAAAUAUGUGUAUAUACAACUCACCCAAAAUGUUCGCUUUUAAGUCCUGAUUUGAUCAAGUUCAUUGGAUCUAGGGAGAAAUUAUUUGUUUUCAGACAAAAUCUCACCCAUCUUCCAUUGUAUACAGCUAAUAGUUACCAUAGAUGUGCAGAAAGAUUGGUGAAUAGAAUAAAACAAGAGUUUAAGCGAAAUUGCAUUAAAGAAAUAUCACGACACUGCUGUUCCCAGUGCUUGCUUUCCUUCUGAAGAUGUAUUUAUUUACAAACAGGUCCUUACUUUCAUGGAUUCUGUCACUUUAACAAGUGUUCCUUGCAUGUGGCUUGCUGGCAGAAACAAACACCUGAUUAAUGCAUGGACUUUGUGUUAACAGGUUCUUAUUGGAACAUUAUUACUGAAUUUCUUUAUAAGAAUAUUUAGGGAAUAAUCUACUUUGAACUGAAAAGAUAUUAGCAGUUUUCCCUGUAAGCCAAUAAAGGACUACAGUGAAUGUCAUGUAAAACAGACAAAUGAAAUGACAUAUGCUAUUUGCUACUAAAGUAUAUUUUUUUCUCUCAAUCAUUUUCUUUUUUCAUGAGAGAAAUUUUCUGAGUCUGAAAAAUUUAUUGAUUUCAAUUUUGCAAACAAAAAAACUUUAUGCAUAUUGAUAUUAUUGUUUUAAGGGUCUACAUAAGGCACUUUACUAAUGACAUUGAAGUGAAAGUUCAGUCUCAGCUUUUGACAGUAAAGUGGUUAAUUCCCAUUGAAUUCUACAUUUAUAGUACUUCCUCACCUUAAAUUUAACAUGGAGAUUAAAGUUUUUCUUUAGAACAUGAGAAUAAUGGUUUUACACAUGACUUAUCUUUACAGCUCAGUGGAAAAACAAAACAGAAGUGAGUGCCAAAACCAAAAGUUACUGGCUCUGAACCUCAUCAAAUCCUGCCUGAUGCUCUCUUCUAAACACAGAGAUAAUCCUAGGAAGCUGAUGAUCACUCCUUCCCUGAACUCUAUUGAACAGGGCACUUUGUAUUCCAGAUGAUACUACAGGCAAUAUUGAAGCAUUUGGCAUUAAACUUUUGUACAGUAGAGAAUAUUUUGCUCUUUAAAAGGACACUGGCUAGUAGUCCAUAUGGAAAACUAGCACAGAAGAGAUUUGGCAACCUUUUAUUACACUGGGGCUCUGUGGAAAUGUGCCUCAUGAGAGCUGAAUUCUGAUCCUUUCAGAAACAGAUAAGCUACUAAAAAAAUUGUUAUCAUGAGUUGGUCCCAAAUAUCUGAAGAUGAUCUUUCAUAAAAUUGAUUUUAACUGAGAUAUGCACACUUGAUUCUGUUCUGUGUUUGGUAUACUUUCUAUCUUUAACAUGGAAAAAUAGAUGGUUUGAAGUCUGCGUUAUCUGUUUUCUGCAAUCUGCCAUGUUGCACGCAUUGUUAACUUCAAAACCUCACUAUACACUAUAUAUUAUCUUGUUGACAUAUUCAGUAAAGAGUUAUUUAAAAAAAUACAACAAUCUUGCUGUAUUUAUAUGAGCAAGUUAAUUAAAAUAAGGAUGUGGGUAUCUGAAAGGGACAAAAAUUAUCAAUCUUUUGUACUUUCAUUCAUGGAGAUAUUUUCAGAUUUCUACUGUCUGUUCGAUCCUCUCUUCAGUUUCUAAAAGACAAGUAUCAUCUGUCUCUCGAAGAGUUAAAUAAUUUGUUACCUCAGUUUCUCAGAUAUAAUCUUAUCUUUAAAAGGUUAUCUCUUUCUGAUAUGCAUAUAGAAAAGCAAUGUAAAAUGAGAACAGACUGUACUCCAGUGUUUGCAAUUAAUAGGUACACUUAAGGAGCUACACAUGUCUAUAACAAAUAUAUAUAUGUGGAAGCUGUGACUCAUUAUAUGCAUAGCCAUUUGAUAAAUGCAUUUGACAUUCAUCCAUGACAAUAAUGAAUCUGUCUUUUAACUAUUAUUAUCUAUUUAAUCUGUUUGCUUGACAUGAAAUAUGAUUUUUUUUCCAAUUCUCCCUUCAAAAUUGUUCUUGAAUUUUCAGAAUGCACAACAUUCAUACAUAAGCCUUAAUAAAUUUUUGUAUAAAGCAGAUCUUAUACAUAACAUAUAUGGUAAUAUAUACUCUAUAUAUAAAGAGAUGCUUUGGCUACUUAGAAAUGGAAAUUAACCCUCUUCUACUUCCAUAUACAAGAACUAAUUUUUUUGCUUUACCAGAAAGUGAGAUAUUGAAUAUUGCUAGCUAUGUUAUUUCAAAGCUUAGAAAUUUAAUAUUGCUGAGUUUACAGUUCCUCAACAAAUUAUCUUACUCUCUUUCUUAACCCCCGAAAAUAAUGUAAAAUUACUGGGGGCUGGUCCGAGUCAACCUAGUCCUGCCCUUUUCCCCCUGUAAUAUGCUUCCCCUCAUUUGAUGUUUCUACUGAACCUGAGACCCUGGUAACUAAACCUACUUGCUUUACCAUAGGAAGGUGGACAAUAUAGAUAAUGAAAAUGACAAAUACUUGCAAUCAGUUAUGUCUUUCUGACAAUGAAGGCAUGAUCAUUUUCAAUUGACAAUAUUUUCUGUCACAAAGAGUCGACAAUGACUGACUUCAUCAGGUAAUCUUUUAAUAACCCAAAGUUAUUUAUUGUAGUAAAGAUAAAACUUUAUUUUUAAUACGUUUAAGCUCAAUUAUCUGGAGUUGUUCAUACACAUGUGCAAUUGUGUAUAAAUUUCUGGUGUACAGAGGAUUUAGCUACAAGGAUCUCCCGAAGAAAGCACAUGGAGGAGUAUUUGUCAUUAUUGUUCAGUCAAAAAUUUUUAAUAUUUCACUUUAAAAAGAGUUCUUCCAUUGAAGUGGAGUUAUGGAACCACAUGGAGAAACUGCAUUCCACCAUUAAAGUAUGAAACAAAUAUUUCAAUUAAAAUUCUGCUUGAAAUGCCACUGUCAACAAAGACAGAAACUAAAAUUCACUAAAAUACUUCCAUUACACAGAGAGAGAGAGACUUGGUGAAUUUUUAGCAAUAAUUUUCAUUUCUAAAACAAAUUAAUACAUUUUUAAUGGUGAAAUCCUGACCCCACUGAUUUCAGCUAUAAAUCACAAUAAUAUAUAACAGAACAAUUAGUAAACACAUGCAAUAUGACACAUGGUGUAACGUCACACUAUGUAUCUCCAAAUAAAGUACAUCAACUGAGUAAGGCAGUAGGCCUACAUCUCUCUUAUGAAAAGCUGGGAAAGCUGUGAAAUAGACUGUACAGAAAAUGAUGGGGGAGAUAAGUAUGUACUGAGCAACACUGGUCAAUAUAAAGCCAUGGAAAAUAAGGACAUUUAAAACACAAAUGGGACACUGAGCAUAGCAAGAACCUUCUUUUUCACAUAAACACAUGCUUUUUUGCUUAUAACUCCAUAUUAUGGCUAAGUUGUGACUGAAAAAAAAAUGCAUGUAUGAAUAUUAAGAGUUUAUAGAGUAGUUACAUUUUGGUGGGGGCAUCUUAUACCGAAUGAGAGACUUGACUUUGUUCAGUGUGUCUAUUAUUUACCUUCUCCACAUAGAAAGGAGUUGGCUGAAGAACAAAAGUCAUGUUGAUAACACUAUCCUGUUUUACUAAGCAUAGAAUGCCCUGAAGAAUUAAGACAGUAUAUAAAUUAUUAUGCAAAAAUCCAACUCAGAUAUCCAUGGGUGUUUACAGCUUUAACACCCUCUGGGCAAGAAGCCUCCGUGCUAAAUUACUAGCACUAAGCGGGACAAAACAAUUCUGGUAAAGCACAGUUGCCAGAAAGAUUCUGUGAAAAAAUGGUGUAUUUCUUGAGUGAAAUCAAUAGUUCCACUCCUAUAAACUUUGAACAGGUGACCACAUAGAUAAAUCAAAUUCUUUCUGAUGAUUACUGGAACAAUGUGUCCAAACAUGGAAUAAUAUAAUUUUCCUACUUCAAAAAUACCAGCUUGUGAUGACGGAAAGCAGAUUUUGUUCUGUGAAGAUGAAAUGCAGCAAUAAUGAUGGACAGAACACAGAGAUAUUCCUUUUUAUGACAUUUUAUGGACAUGAUAAAAUACAUACGCAUAUGCUAUACACAUAUAUUUGUGAUAUAAUUUUAAAAUUCCUUUACAGUUUUCAGACUCUUCAGAUGAAAUCCACUUCUAACACAUGUGCAAUAUUCCAAAAUAUUUAACUCUUCAUAAAUAUCUGUAAUCUCUUUAAAUGAGUAGUUACAGAAAGUGCAUAGUGUUAGCUCAAAGAUUUAGCUGUAGUAAAAAAAAAGGAAAGAGAAAGGAAAGAAGAAAGGAAAAAAAAGGAAAGCAGGGCACUGGCAUGUGUUUGCAAGUGAGGACUGCAGAAGCAAGGCACGAAAAUUAUUUAAUUUUCAAGAAAACACUACACCUGACAAAAAGCACAUAAUGAGUUUUCAAAGAUAUAUUACUUAGAAAAAUAAAUGGAAAUGUAAGGGGAGAUAGGCCAUAUCAUAAUAGUUAUUAUAAUAGUAUGCAGUUAAGUACUUUAUGCAAUUAAAAAAAAAAGUUCAUAAAAGUAUUGAAGCUUUUCAUAUUUCCCAUCCCUAGUGAGCAUAUAUUCUAUUUCCAGUUCACAAGAAAGGAGUUUAGAUGGCUUUUUACUUACAUCUUCAUUGCAGAUUAGUUUUGAAGCCAGUGUUUUCUUUUUUUUUUUCAUGAUGUUUAUUGGAAGCUUUUGCACGCACAGAUUUAUUUUAUUAACUAUGAAGAUUUUGAGGAAUAGUCUACUUCAUGUGCAGUACUUGCUUUCUUGAGAAACAAGUAGCAAGUGUAUGUGUAGAGCUUUCUGAUUUUGUUUUGGUUUUCCUUUUUAUAAUUUAACUUUACAAAAAUGGAGCAAAUUUGAAGUAGAGCAAAUAUUAACUAUUUUCUGCUGUAAUUACAGCAGUGGUAAGACUGUAUUCUUUCUAACAGAAAAAAAUUUAAGAAUACUGAGUUAACAAAAAUUAUCUUAAAGAAUUUUGAUAUCAAUUUUCAGUUGAAUUAUUUUUCAACCUUUAGUUACAAUAGUCAUGCUGGGAAUUUGAGCUGGAAACACUGAGUAAACUCAGGUUUGUGGUUAUAGGAACUUUGGGUUCAUAGGUUCAGUUUUACAGAUUAUUAGUAGUACCUGCACAAAGAGAAGGAAACAAAGGUUUCUUCUUCCUUAGGUAUCAGAUUCCUUUUUGUAGUGAUCAAGGAGGAAAGACAGCUACUUCACAGAGAUCUCCCUCAAGAAACAAGCUGUCCAGAACAGAAGGAAAAUACCUGCAGUCAUGGCAUUGAUGACUAUGGAAGCUGGCAGAAGUAGAGCUGAAUCAUACCAUGAGGCAUGUAGCAAAUUACAGGUGUUCUGCAUCAUUAUAUAGGACCUUUGGUUUGUCCAGGACCCUACUAAGGUAUCUUCACUGAGGUUCAUGCUCUUGGAGGGCUUGUGUCAAAAGGCAAAACCCAUGCCCAUAAAAGCCAGGAAGGAUCUGGGUUUUACUUUGUUUUGCCAGUCUUUAAUUGCUCUUUUGUGUAAGUUCUGGAGUGCCAGCUACACGACAAUGUUCAAGAGGCGCAACAAGGUGGGUUUGAAAGGUCACACUUUCGACGACUCUCCUUUAAUCAAGGCAAAUAUUAGUAAGGUCCUUGCAGGCAAAAUUCCAAUCCACAGCAGAUGUGAUCAUUAUGUUAGCCAUCAGAUCAGACACUAGUUUAGAUGUCUAUUCCUUUUCUCCCUUAUUUCUUGUCAAAUUAAUUUUCUUAAAAACUAAAACUAAGCAGUUUGUACUAUUGCUUAUUUGUCACAACAUAAGGAAAAGGUUUCUACAAAACAAUUAUACCUUCAAGCUGUGAUGAUUACCCAGUAAAGCUAAGCUACAGAAAUACUGCCAAUUCAGUGAAACAUUUGUCAUAAAGUAAUUAUCUUCUACUGUGAUAUCAAUUCAGCUUAUAUCCAGUCUAUGAAAAAUCCAAACACACCAAUCUCACAAUUUCCGUUGCUUUUGCCUCAUUUCUUCUAUGUCACAUCAACCUUCUCUAGAAUGACUGGUUUAGAGGACAGAUUGCUGCUUGAUGCCUCAUAUGAUUAUCUAAGUGUUUACAUUUAAGAUUAAAACAAGAAAAACAAA